AUGAGUAGCAGCUCAACCGUUACGAAAAAAAAGGGCACGAAGCUAAAGCGGCCUGAUAAAUCGCGUUUCGUACAGCAGACUCUUCCUGCUUGGCAAUUUAUCUUUACGCCAUGGUCUGUUCUUCCUUUGCUAUUUGUAUUGGGGGUCAUAUUUGCUCCUCUGGGUGGAGCAAUGUACGUAGCUAGUCAACGGGUACGAGAAGUAAGGCUUGACUAUACGAAUUGCUUAAAUGCUGGUACUACUUUUACGGACGUACCUGAAAAGAAUAUUGUGUAUCAAAUGAGUGAAUAUAAUAAUGUGUCUGCUAAAUGGAAGUCAGAAAAUGAUCAUUGCUAUAUACGUUUUAAAAUCCCAGAAAAAUUGGGUGCUCCAUUGUAUUCCUUUUAUCGCUUGACAAAUUUCUAUCAGAACCAUCGUCGGUAUACUGCAAGCGUUGAUGUUCUUCAGCUCCGUGGUGAAGCAAGGACAGCGGAAGAGAUUGAAGUAGGCGAAUGUAGCCCAUUAACUCUUAAUGAAAACAGAAAACCAUAUUAUCCUUGUGGUUUAAUAGCCAAUUCAUUAUUUAAUGAUACUUUUUCAUCGCUCAUUCGCUACGAUUCGUGGGAUAGCACGAAUUUGUUGGAUGUUUACCAAAUGACUUCAAACGGAACAGCCUGGCCGGAGGAUAAAGAGCGUUAUAUGAAGACCAGCUACAACGCUUCCGACGUUGUCCCGCCUCCAAAUUGGUCCCAGAAAUAUCCUGAUGGAUACAACGACGAAAAUUUCCCUGAUAUAUCCGCCUGGGAUGAAUUGCAGGUAUGGAUGAGAAUAGCAGCUCUUCCGACUUUUAGUAAGCUUUCAAAGAAAAAUUCCACGGAAGAAUUGGAACCUGGUAUUUAUGAAGUUGAUAUAGGUUACAAUUUCCCUGUAACCGAAUUCGGAGGCACCAAGUCCUUUAUGCUUUCUACAACUACCGCCAUAGGUGGUAAGAACUACUUCUUAGGGAUCAUGUAUAUGGUAAUUGCUGGCCUAAACAUUGCCAGUGGUAUAGUUUUGAGUAUUGCAUGUCUAAUUAAACGACGACGCGUGGGAGAUCCACGAUAUUUAUCUUGGAACAAAGAGAAAACUACGUGA